AUGAAGUUCUUCGCCGCUACCCUUGUUUCGUCUCUCCUCGCCAUCGCGAGCGCUGCUCCUGCGCUGCAAUGCUUCGAGGCGCAGAAAUUCGGUGGCGUCACCGUCUCCCCUAGCACCUUUGCCUCGGGUGAUACCGUCCAGAUUGAUGCGGACUUCAGAUGUGCAGUCGAGUACUACGGCCACAUCCCCAAAUACACCGACUACUACAUCGAGGUCCCCACGAACAAUAACGGCAACGAGCCCCCCAUUCUGCUCGCUCGUCGUGAGCCUGCUGCGGGCGCUACGUCGGACUCGUUCACAGUUCAGAUCCCUCACGCGUACUACUUCAAGGACGCGAACUACGACAUUGUCAUGGACGUGACCUUCGCGUCUAACGGCACUGACGGCAGCCCCUACUACUCCGUCGGUGGCGUUGAGGCCGGUGUCAUCAUCACGGAUGCUACGAACUAG